UCUCGGUUGGGAUCAUGUUUAAUUUAUUUUUAUAUUUUAAUCGAUAUACCGGUUCAUAACUUGUGCGUUCUAACUUUUACGAACGCAGCUUGAUCGAUGCUUAAAUUGAACUUUCAUUGAAAAAUAGGUUAAAAGAGAAACAAGAGUAAAUCUCCACCCAAAUUUCAAGUUUUGCAAGAAAAAAAAACUCAAAAAAUAUAAUAAUUGACCGAGUUUAUUCAGAGGAAAGAAAUAGGAAACUUUGUGGAUGAUUACUCAAAGUGUUAUCGUUAGAAUUUGUCUGCUGAUAGCAUUUGCCGCCAUCAUAUGGGUAUACUGCUACAUGCCAGUACAGUACAGUUCAGCCAGUGUGGGAAAUAACACUCCAGCAGUUUCUGAGGCAUCAGCACGGAAUUAUCAGUCACCCAUUCUUCUACGCAGACUAUUAUCCAGUUACAUACUCCCUGAAACUAAUGCCAGUCUCAUACAGCCCGAGCUACCAUGCAACGGCAGUGUCUUUCUCGUGAUUGUAGUGUGCUCGGCUAUCCCAAACUCCAAAGCCAGAGAUGCCAUUCGACAAACAUGGGGACAACAUGCAAUGCCCGAUAUUCAGAUAUAUUUCCUUCUAGGAAGAACCAACGACGAUGUCUUGAACGCUGCUGUUGUCAGGGAGGGCGAUGAACACAACGAUAUCAUCCAGGAAGACUUCUUGGACACUUACAACAACCUAACCUUAAAGUCUGUGAUGUUGCUGAAAUGGGUCAACCAAACCUGUGCACAUGCCACGUAUGUUAUGAAAACAGACGAUGACAUGUUUGUCAACCUGCCCAAUCUUCGUGAAAGAUUGCAAUCUAAGGGACAUCCGAAAAUGCUGAUGGGCUGUCUCAUAAAAGGUGCUGCGCCAGUUAAAGACCGAAAUUCUAAGUGGUACGUUUCGGAGGAAAUGUUUUCUGGCAAGGAAUAUCCACCAUAUCUAUCGGGAACGGGAUAUGUAUUUUCCGGAGAAGCUGUACCCGGUUUGUAUAAAGCUGCAUUGGAAAUGGAAUUUUUCUAUUUGGAAGAUAUUUUCAUAACUGGUAUGUGCGCCAGUAAAAUUGGUCUCCAUCCUGUGGAUGAUAGUGGUUUUAGAUAUAAAAAGAGAUCGAAUACUUACUGUACUUUCAAGACUUUGAUUACUGCCCACAGAAUGACUCCUGAAGAGUUAUUAAGUAUGUGGAACAAACUCCAAGCACUAUCUACUAUGAAAUGUAAGACCCAAAGAUAGUUUUUCCAGUAUCACUUAAACUACCAUAUUCUAAAGCCACUAUCACGCAAGGGAUGGUCUUAGGUGGUCCAAUAAUUGUUGUACAUCACUGUUUUUCAAAAUGACUCAGAAAAAGUUGUUGAGCUUAUGGAACAAACUCCAAUCAUUGUCUUCUAUAAAAUGUGAUACCCAAAAAUUGUGUUCCUAGUAUCACAUAAACCACUACGUUCUUUAACCACCAUUACCGACUGAAUGAUAGUGGUUUAUGCAUCAUAAUAUAUCGAAUAACUAUUACACAUUUAAGACUGAUUACUGCCCUAUGAUUGUAGAGUUAUUUGGAGUAUGGAACAAAACUCAAUUGUCUUCCUUGGAAUGCAACAUUUCACGAUAUUAUUUUUCGUAAGAUAAAAGCGAAAUACAAGAUUCCCACAGGUUUGCCAAAUCUUCAUAAAUGAAAAUGGCAACGCAAAACAUAAACAAACUUCUGUAUUUUUGGUCGGUAACACUGCAUAUUAUAAUUUUUUAUGAAAUAUAUUUGUAGGAUAUUAAUUGGUUGGUUUUAUAAAAAGUACAUUAACUUUCUUUGGAAAUACUACUAUCAUAGCAACAAUUUUACCUUGGCCCCAGUUGGGUUCUAUAAGAACUUGCACCGAGAGACCUACAUUGGGAUGUCUAGACUUUUAAUAUUGGUCCUAGAAUAGUCUACAUAGGUCCUACAUUGGCUAAAUAAUGGAUAUAAAAUAUCGGGGGAACGUAUCAAUUCCAUAUAGGGCCAAUAUCGGAAAAAUAAAGGCUCUUUGAAUCCUUACUGAACCAAUAUUCAUGAAUAUUGGCCCAAGUUAUUUUGUUGCUAGGGUAAUGUUAAUAAAGCUACCUAUCUAGACCUCACAAUAAAAAAUUUUUUUUACUGGAAUGAUCAUGUUAAGAAAAUAAUAGCUAAAGUCACUGAAAUAUGCAAUAAAUUAAAAUGUCUACUUGGUCCUUA